UACUGCUGUGUGUGAGCCGGUGUUGGACGAGUCUAAUCUCACAGGGAAGAUCUGCAAGUGCUCGGCCAGGCCACCUCCUGUUGCACGUACGGCUCACAAAAACUACUGGGGAGGGUAUUCACUGCAUGCUGGUCACUCAGCGUGGACAGAGGUCACUCCCGGCAACACGGACAGAUAUUUCGAAGAGGAAGUGCAUCUCGUGGAUAAAUACGGAUAAAUACUGCAGAUAGUUUCGCAGUGUUUUGACAGCUUCCGCAACUUGAAUAAUCCAAGUGCAGUCGCCAUGACGUGGAGGAGUCUCUGGUCGCUGGUGCUGGGGCAGAACCCGGACAGCGAGUUCCUGGAACCGUACGCUGCCUCUCUCAUCUUCUUCCUGGUCAACAUGACUUCAGGAAUCCUCCUCCGAUCCCUAAACAAGGUGUUCUCUCCUAGAUGGGCCCAGGAAUAUAUUGCCGACUUCCUGGCAACAAUGGAGGCCUGUGCCUACUUCUUCGAGAACAACUUCGUUUACAAGUACUAUGGCCCGUUGUGGCUUGGGAUAGCCAUUGUGGUCCAAUGUUUCAUUUGUGGCCGAACAUUCGAUGGAGCCUCCGAGAAUCCAGUCAACGCGUUUCAAAGGCUGGUGACAGGAGAAAUUAAAUUUCCCAAGGCAAUGAUAAAAAUAUUUAUUCAGAGUUUAGCAGGACUUGCUUCAUAUCGGUUCGCGCAGCUAGUGUGGUCACUGGAUCUGAUCUCGGACCACCAUGAAAGAUACUACGAGACCGAAUGUGCAUCUGACCUUAACGUGACCUUGACCUUCGGUUUCUUGAUAGAGAUGGCGGCGACGUUGUCGGAUAACUGGCUGUGCAUGCAGACUGUUUCCCGCAUGUCUUUGCUUGAUGAGUUAGUCAAGUAUGCAAAUGGAGCUAUCAUGAUCGUUGUCGGUAUUGCCACGACCGGCAUGUACUUCAACCCCGCCAUGGCGUCUGGCCACACUCUGGGCUGCAAGGGAACGGCCAUGCUGGAUCAUUUCCUGGUGUACUGGAUCGGCCCGUUUGUCGGUUGUCUGGUCGCCCUUGUCCUAAACAAAGGCCUCCACAUUGACAUGUCUGAUGCAGCUCAGGCUGACAAGAAGAAGAAGCUGGAAUAAUUGUCUCAUGCACACCAUCAGUAUUAAGAUAGGUAUUGCUGAUUAGGAUUUUUAAGGUGUUUUCUCUUCCUCCUUCAACCUCCUCCACAAGAUUGCCCUAACGUUUUAAGCUAUACUUCAGAAGCUUCGCAUUGUGCACGAAUUAUGGCAUCAAGGAAGUUGGUAUCAAUUCCGUUGUAGCUACAACCAGUAAUGUACAAAUAGUCAUAUGAUACAACUAGUAAUAUAUGAACCAUUCAGGCAGCGUGUGCAAACUUAUGACCACGUUCCAGGCCAAAAGUUUUGUAUCGUAUUCUUGUGACCUGUGUUUUAAUUUUAUUAAACGGAACCGAGACAAGAUUGGGACAGUGAUGCAGCAACGGUUCAUGAACGAUGCGGUUCGUCCGCCUUUUGGUUUAAGCCUUUACACGCACUACAUAUUUCUACGUUACUGGAAUGUGUCGACUGCCCAGUCACCCAUGUCAGAACUGUCUUCACUCAGUACCAACAUUGAAAAAGACGAGGAUGGAGGAGGUUUGUGAGAUUGAAAGCUGCUCAACGAAGCGAAGUAUCAAUCCAUACAUACUAUAUUAAAACAUGUCAGCGUAUCGACUCAAGUAUUUUAGUGAGCGGUCUGUAAAAUCUGUCGAUGAAUCUCUGAUCCAUGACAACAAAUGUUGUAUGUGCUGACUCUGAAAUCGUUACAAACUAGCUUAAGAUA